AUGUUAUACGAACAAGUGAGUAAAAUGACGGAAAUGGCCACCGGACAGCCUUUCGCAUUAUCUCCCGAUCUUUUCCAAACUAUGAUCUACAGUUCCAAUGCAACUUUGCUUCAGGAAGUACAAGUAGGGUUGGAACAAUUGGUGUGCCAGCCAAACGAGUUCGAAACAUGGUCUAGUGCAAUUAGAGAACGUUUAAUAGACAAAUCAAUAACAAGUGACGCGUUGUCUAUCGUAUCUCAAAUGAUCUUGCAAAUGGCGUCAGUUACACCAUCAGUGCAGUAUAAUUUUGCUCGGUUGUGUGCCUUUUUAUCGACUGAAGUUGACGACUUUCGUCAGAAGGCUUUGUUGCCGGUUAUGCACGAUUACCAUGAGAAACAGAGAUGUUCAAUGACUUUGGAGCAACAGCAAAAUCUUCUUUUAUUCUUCGCGGAGGUAUAUGAAAAGUUAGAAACGGUCAACGGGGCUCGUUUUAAUGUACUCGGGACUGCUGUGUUUGAGCAGAUAAAGGCAAUGUUGAACACCAAUGACAUUACAGAGCCUGGCGUUAAAGUCUGUGACUCAUCUAUUAAGGCAGUAGUACAGGUUUUGAAGUUAUGUGGUCGGCAUCUGGAGACUAUGGAGAACGGAGUUUCGAAUGUCGACGAGCUUUUGACAAGACUUAAUGUUUACGCGAAGGCUCAUCGUGGACUUAGCGAGCCUGUGAAGCAACAGAUCAAAGCUCUUACUGCACUUCGAGAAGCAUGUUGGGGAAUGAAGGAGCUGGAUAAAGCUUUUGAAGCAGAUUUGAUAGUUAGCUUUAAUUCAGCUGGUCUUACUACUGUUAUUUUCUAUAAAAGUAUAACUAAACCGCAAUUGCUUCAGCCGAAUACUACGAAUUUGCCGUCUACUAGUUCUUCGGCGCUGAUAUGUGGUCCUGAUGGGUUGCCCUUAAGCGAAGAAGAACGUGCUUUUCUGGAGGAGAACUUUGGUAAACUUGAUAGUGGGCCUGUGGAUGAGAAUGACACUGGUGACGAAUAUGAGGACUUCCUUGCUAACGAUGAUUCUCGACAGUUCGAUGAAGAAAUAAAGAAUGCGGAGAAGGCAAUGGAUGAAUUAAAUAUUGCUGAGGGCUCUGAAUGCAAUAAACCCGACGAAAAAGGCGACACACUUUCUUCUUUAAAGUUCAAGCUUUACAAAAAUCCAUUGUCUCAGCCUAUGGUGAAGCACCAACUAUUUGGAGACGCACGUGGUUCCGCAUGUGGCAAGGAGUUUUGUACAGCCACUGGCAUGAUUGGCGAGUUGAGUGCUGUGGUGGCAGUCCCUCCUAUUGUAGGUUCUUGUACAAUAUGGUAG